UUUCAUAAGUCAAUUAUUCUCCAUUUUAAUACUUUAAUUUUUGUUUAUGCGCAUAUCAAAGAACAUCUGUGCAUAUGUAUGUAUAUACAUUUUGCUUAUAGAGUGGUGUAGUUCGUUGCGUAAAUUGACAGGUUGGUGAAAUAUUAUUUUCGAACUUGUGCGUUUUCGAUGUUCCUUCAUCGUAAUUAACAUUUUAGUACAGCUAACAUUUGCUCCUUCUCUAUUCAUUUACAUUCUCUGUUUACGUUCUCUGUUUACAUUCUCUGUCUCUAUUCAUUUACGUUCUCUGAUAAGAUGUGUGUCUGCUUGGCGGUAGAGCAGAUAUCAUUACUAGAUGGCGCAAACAUCUGUAAAACUGUUGAAUUUAAAUAUAUUAAUUAUAUAAAAAAAAAUAUUUAAUUAUAUAAAACAAAGUUUGCUAUACAAUAAAAAAAUAAGUAAAUGUUAUUAAAAAAAGGUAUUUCGAUUUGUUUUUGUAGUACGAUUCGUGCGCCACCUAGUACAAGAAGCCACAAUGCAUCGUAAAAUCAAAUCGUUGUCAAGGGAACAAUUUGAUUAAAAAUCAAAACAAACAACGAACGCUACAAAAGGAAAAAUUUUUUUGGUAGUUUAACGAUUUAGGAGUGCAGGCAUAAAAAUGCUUCAUACGUUUCCAGAACAUACGGGCAUCUAUAAUAUACGUGACAAUAUUGAAUAUCUAGAAUUGGAAGUGCAUUUCCGUCACAUCAACUCUCUGUUGAAAUUGCCAAAGUUCGAUCUGACUCUCAAUAAAGUAAAUAUCAAUAACUCAACUAAAAAGAUUGAAAGUUUUGAACAAACUAAUAAUGCAAUUACUUUGACACGAAUACGUUGGCAAGAAAAGCUUUUAAGUCCUUCGGAAAUUGAACUCUAUAAGGAUGAGCGAAUUUGUCUCACUGAUACACAAAAGAAAUAUAAUCAAUGGCUAUUGGAGGCUGGGGUGUCCGAAGUUUCGUCAGGGCGCACUUCAUCGGUGAUCGAAGCUAGCAAACGUGGUCAUCAUAAGAAACGCAAUAAAAAGUCGCGAAAAGCAGAAUCCUCACCCAAAGAACGUUGUGGUGAAAUAUUUACCUACGUGCAUGAGGACGAUUUCAAUCCGGAUAAUAAUGCGCUAUUAAUAAAUGGUGACAAGAUAGAAAAACAAGCGAGUUUUGUCGAAAUCACAGCGGGACAACAGUUUAUGUACAUUUUUGCGGCCAUAUCACCAGACACACAAUUAGUAUCUCUUGUUUGGUAUCCGAAAUUGCGACAACUACACAUUUAUCCAGAUUUCAACGAUUUCGCGGUGAAUCCCUAUUAUAUCCAAAUCGACACUGAUUAUCGGCAUUUGUAUGCUUUUGCUGUGCAUAAUGUUUCAAAACGCAGACAUGUUGCAAAUCCGACGCUAUACUUGCGUCUACCCGAGUUAACCGCCCAUUGGCAGGAAGAACGAGACUUGAAUACCUUGUUUGAUCUGCCGCCGAAACGCACAACCCGUGUAUCAUUGCUCUUUGAGUUGCGUCAGGCGAGUGGAUUCAGCUACGGCAAUAUUCAUGUACGUUAUCAUAUUCAAUUGCCAGUAAACACCAUUCUCGAAGAAGGUGCGUUGAACGCCAGUACACAUGCUAGCUCUCCUGGUCCCGCUAACAAUGAUUGCUUCUUCGGUUAUAAUUGGCAAUUGACUUUGCUCUGCGAAGAAGACUUUAAUCUCACUCACUUGUUGCAUGUAUACUUCGAGGUUAUUUCUAUCGACCACUGGGGGCGCGAACGUAUUGAAGGAUAUUCAUACUAUUCUACAUAUCUGUUAACCGGAUCGAACUCGGCGAAGCUGAUGUGUCUGCGCCCUGCCGAAGGAAUAUUAGAAACACUCACCCGUGAUUUAAUUGGUGGACGUCAACUAUUUGAUUUUAUGCAUUUUUAUACAGACAUGGUCACAGAUAAAUCUCUUAAAUCACGUUACGGUUGUCGUAUUCAGAGCACGGGACAACUAGAGCUUAAUUGUCAAUGUUUCAGACAACGCAACUGUGAAUUACUGACACCAUGUACAAACAGAACAAGUGCAAUGACUUUGGAUGAUAUUAUGUUAGCAUAUCGCGAAUCUCGCAGGCGGCUUGAAGCUGUGGUGUUGAAGUGACAACUUUCUGUUCGGUUAAACCUGAAAAUUUUUAAGUGAAUACAUUUCUUCAAUGCUACAUUCGGAUUUGUAGAAGAUUCUUUAGUAACUUUAAUUGUAUUAUAGAUGCACGACGAGAAAUGAAAUAGUUUCUUGAAAGCGAAUAGAGUCCGGCAGAGGCCGAUCUUAAAUCUCCUUUAUUUUAAGGGUUUAAACUGCUCUGGAGACGUUUAAAUAAUUGGUAUACGUUCUCUGGUGUAAGUGAAGUCUUGCUCGCAGACGUUCAAAUAAACACGUCAAUAAUCAUUUAACAUUUGCAUUCCUAGCGUUCGGUUGUAAUGUCAUCGAAGCACGAUUUUCUUUUAUUUGGGUUUGCUGCAGUUUUAUUGAAAAAAAAGAACGCAAAUAGGAAAAAUAAGAAAGCGUAGAAGAUUAUACAAUCGUCACUAUGCAAAUGAACCUGUACUUGUCAAGUAUGAGUGGAUACAACCAAAUUUGCGGUCGUCAAAUUAAAAUAUCAACAAGUAAGUGCCAGUUCACACACGGACUUUUCUCGCCCAAACCGGUUUUUUUUGUAGACGAGGGCGACUACGAGGAAAGCGAAGGGACGUGUCGCUCGUGCUUGGGUGGCACGCUUCGCUGCUACGCAAUUCAGCAUUCCUGUUCAUUUUGAAAUUCUUUUCAUGGUUGCAAUAGCGCUCUGUUUCAAAUGAAUAUAUACGAUAUGUUGCAAAUUUG